UGCUCAACAUCUUGGACCAUUGGCAUCAGAUGGUCUUCAAAUCUUCUCUACAUAGAGCCUCGACACUCUUUUCAACCAAGCUUCCACAGGUUCUACGAAACAGAUGCCUGUCUACUGCCGUGUCACCCAUCGAGCUGGCCCACGACGAACACAUACCUGCAGAUGGAAAUCGGUCCCAUAGACCACUCCUCAUCCUACACGGGCUCUUUGGUUCGAAGCGCAACUGGCAGUCUCUCUCCAAGGCGUUCAUGCGCGACCUCAGCAGACCCGUAUAUACACUCGAUUUGCGAAACCACGGAUCUUCACCGCAUGUUAGACCGAUGACAUAUUCUCACAUGGCAGCGGACGUCCUUAGUUUUUGUCAGAAGUACUCAUUGCGUGAUGUAUCACUUAUGGGACAUUCUAUGGGUGGCAAGGUUGCAAUGGCCCUCGCAUUGCAUCCCGAACUACCUUCUGACUUACUCGCAGACCUUAUAGUGUCUGACAUUGCUCCCGUCAGAGCCAAAGUCUCGCAGGAUACCGUACAACACGUACGUGCUAUGGAAAUAAUACAGGCGGGCAACAUCUCCACAAGGAAGGAAGCGGACGAAAUAAUAUCUGAGCAUGAGCAGGAUCCUAGUGUCAGAUCAUUUCUGCUUACGAAUCUAGAGAUUAAAAAAGCGACACCCGUGAAAUUCAAGAUCCCUGUCGACAUUUUGAAAGAAGGUCGAGCGGAGAUCGAAUCAUUCCCUUACGCGCCUGGAGAACGAUCCUGGGACGGUCGUACCUUGAUUAUCAAGGGAAAGAAGAGCAAAUACAUCAAUCGUCACAAUAUCCCUUUAAUCGAUCAAUUUUUCCCACAGAAUCAGUUGAAAGAGCUUGACACCGGUCACUGGGUGCAUGCUGAGUUGUAAGUUAUCCUCGAGCACUACUCUGUCUCUUAUUAACGCCCUUCGAAUUCGAGACCACAUGAAUACAGGAAGCUCGUCGUAAAUUUUAUCACACAAUAGACAUGUUUCGAAUUACAAUCUACCAAUAGAAGACACCGUUUACGCCUGCUUGCGCAAGUUACA